AUGCUCGUGCCUGAUCUCGAAAAAUUUUUAAGGCGAAUUCAUCGAGUCAUUGAAUACAACGCUGAAAAGCACGAAACUAUUCAACAAACUAUGGUUGCUGUUUUUGCAGAAGAUCGUACUUUAAAUAAUUUAACACAAGAACAUUUAUCACUUGUUUUACCACCAAAAGUUCGUGGUGCAUGGUAUCUUCAUCAAGUUACACAACUUCUUCAUGCACCUAUUCAUUUCUUUAUUAUGUUUUCAUCAAUUCGAAAUCAUUUACGUGAAGUUUCAUCUGAUGGUUAUAAUGCUGAUAAUCAAUUUCUUGAUGCACUUGCUCAUUAUCGUUUUGCAAAACUUAAUUUACCAGUACUGUCAAUUAGUUUACCAGCUGUAAGUGGGGCUGAAAUGUUUCAUCAUCAGAAAGAAAUGCUCAGUACUUUAAGCGUUACACAAGGUUUUCAAUAA